AAAAAUAGACAAGUCAGUCCAUUGCGUCCAAUCAUCCAUCCAAGCUGAUAAAGAAUCAGGGUGGUGCAUCUUGUUUGUAGCUUAUUAUACACUGGCUCACUGCAUGAUAGUUGGGCUCCAUAUUUGUAUAAAACCCUGCUAGUGGCUGUGAGGUUGGCACAAUCAAAGAAGGAUUAAGGAAGCCUGCAGCUGGCAGAGGAAGAGCAGUGGGGACUGGUGAGGAAAGAAUGGAGGAGGCAGCUCUUGUUGUGAAGAUGCUUUGCUCCGUGUUGGUUGUGGGGGUGUUCUGCAUAUUCCUUCAUCUCUACAAUCUUAUGUGGGUAAGGCCGGAAAGGCUGAGGGGAAAGCUGAGGAGGCAAGGCAUCCGAGGGCCUCCGCCUUCAUUUAUAUACGGGAAUGUCCCUGAGAUGCAGAAAAUUCAAUUGUUGAUGGCGAUGAAGCCUCCCAACCAUGCUCAGAUUGUGGCCCAUGAUUACACUUCUACCCUCUUCCCCUACUUCGAGCAAUGGAGAAAAGCAUACGUACUUGUAAGUUAUAAUUCAGAGAGGCUGGAAAUGUAUACGAUGGGUGUAGGUCCUGUAUACACGUAUUCAACUGGGAAUAGGCAACAUUUGUACGUGAACCAUCCGGAAAUGGUGAAGGAAAUGAAUCAGAGUACGAGCUUGGAGUUGGGAAAGCCUUCUUAUGUGACCAAGACUCUUGCACCAAUGCUUGGUAAUGGCAUUCUCAGGUCCAAUGGCAAUACUUGGGCUCACCAGAGGAGGAUCGUUGCACCCGAGUUCUUCAUGGACAAGGUCAAGGGGAUGGUGGGACUCAUGCUGGAGUCAGCACAGCCACUGCUGACGAAAUGGGAGGACUGCAUUCAAGCACAUGGUGGAGUCUCAGCGGAUGUGAUGGUGAAUGAGGAUUUGAGAAGCGCCUCAGCAGAUGUCAUCUCAAGGGUUUGCUUCGGAAGCAGUUAUGGUAAAGGCAAACAGAUUUUCUCCAAGCUCAGGUCUCUUCAACAACUCAUUACCAACCAGGCUUUCCUUUUCGGUGUUCCCAGUUUCAGAUUUCUCUGGGCCAACAAGCAAAAGGAGCUAAAAAACUUGGAGAGAGAGGUAGAAUCAUUGAUAUGGAAAGCAGUAAAAGAGCGAGAACAAGAAUGCUUAGAGACAUCGACCCUAUCAUCUGACAAAGAUCUGAUGCAACUGCUACUGGAGAGUGCCAUCAAUGAUCCAAAUUUGGGCCAGGCCUCGUCCAAGCGUUUUAUAGUUGAUAAUUGCAAAAGCAUAUACUUUGCAGGGCAUGAGUCUACUGCUGUUGCUGCCUCCUGGUGCUUGAUGCUAUUGGCUUUACAUCCAGAUUGGCAAGCUCGAAUUCGGGCAGAGAUAGCCGAGGUUUGCGGGGAUAACAUGCCAGAUGCAGAUUCAAUCACCAAGAUGAAAUGGAUGACUAUGGUGAUUCAAGAAACCCUGCGGCUGUAUCCACCGGCAGCAUUCGUGUCAAGGGAAGCGCUGGAGGAAAUCCAAGUGGGUAAUUUCAUUGUCCCAAAGGGUGUAUGCAUAUGGACCUUGAUUCCAACUCUGCACCGGGAUACGGAUAUCUGGGGGCCAGAUGCCAACCAGUUCAAACCAGAGAGGUUUGAAAAUGGGGUCUCUAAAGCUUGCAAAUUUCCCCAAGCCUACAUUCCAUUUGGAUUGGGUCCUCGCCUAUGCCUUGGUCGCAACUUUGCCAUGGUCCAAUUGAAGAUUAUCCUCUCCCUCAUCAUCUCCAAAUUUACAUUCACAUUGUCGCCUACAUAUCGCCAUUUUCCUGUCUACAGAAUGAUUGUAGAACCUGGUGAUGGUGUACAUAUCCGUAUUCGAAAGAUCUGACCAUGCAAUGCCCCAACUCAUCUGAACACCCCUUUGGUUCUUGUUUAUGUAUAAAGCUCAUAUAUAAACUUAGUAUUGCAAAGAGUGUCAA